AUGUUUCGCCCUGCAACAUUCGGCACCAUCCUCGCGCUCGCUGCAGCCGUCCUCCUCGCGCUUGUCACGGUCAAUACGCCCAUCAUCAAGUCCAUCUACUUUCUGCAGGCUACCAUUAGCAGCGGCAGCAAUGGCUCCGGGUCCAGCAGCGCACCCGGGAGCAAGACGGCGACGUUUGGCACACUGGGAUACUGUAUCGACAGCACAUGCAGCAAGCCAGCGCUCGGCUAUGAAUUCGAUCCAAAUGGACUGCUGGGCAUCUCUUACAUCCCGCGCCAGUAUACUGGCCUCGCCGUCAAAGGCUUGACUUACACACUCGUCCUUCACCCUGUUGCAUGCGCCAUCUCCAUUGUCGCCGUCCUGCUCGGCAUCCUCGCCCACUGCAGCGAGAUGGCCAUGGGCUGCCUCGGCGCCUGUGCGACGGGCACCGCAGCGGGCAUCGCACUGAUUGCCUUUGGGCUCGAUCUGGCCCUCUUCCUGAUCGCCAAGAAGCGUAUCGAGUCCAUCAACGGCGGCUCGGCCCAACUCGGCUCGGCCCUCUGGCUGACCGUCGCAGCAUGGGUCCUGCUCGCCCUCGGCGGCUGCACGUUCGGGUGCGGAAUGUGUGGUGGCGGUAGCGGCGGGCGGAAGCGCAGGGGCGACCGCGGCAAGGACUCUUCCGCUGGCUAUGGGCAGCGGCCGAUGGGCAACGACUACUACGCCGAGCGCAUGCGUAUGGACGCGCUCGAAGCUGAGGCAGACCGCAAGCGUCGCCAGAACGACUAUGACCGCAACGCAAAGGACCUGCCCAAGUUCGCAGAAUACGUCACCGAGCACGAAAUCCCGCUCAAGGACGACUACGAAGACAGCCCAGCGGACGCAGUCAGAGCGCCGGCAGCAGGACUCGCGGGCGCAGGAGCACAUGCUGCGCCCAGCCAUGCAGGCUACUCGGAUCCCUACAACCAAGCGGUGACUGGCUACGCCUACUCGGAUCCGCACAACGUCCCUGCAAACGUGCCAGGCGUCGGAGAAGGAUACGGCAGGCGCCAGCCGUCGCAGCCGCAAGGGUACACCCACUACCCAGAGCCGUCAUACACUCCUGGCAUCGGGCCACAGCCGUAUCGCGACGGCCUCGAGUCCGGCGGUGAAGGUGAACCCGGGCCCCGUUACUUCGCCCCGCAACCGCAAUAUCCCGCACAUGGCGCUGAGCCGUCCGAGUACAGCCACGGCACGCCGUAUGCACCAGCACGUACGCCGUCCGCUGUCGUUGCUGGAGACUUUCGAUCGCCGUCCGCAGCACCGAGCCAGUACGCGCGGUCGUACCAUCAGCAUCAGUACUCAGCCGGCCACAGAGGCUACAGCUCACAGUACGACCAGCAAACACCCUUGCCGCCGAUGCUGCAGCCACUACCGCCUCCAGAGCCGCACCAGCGAAACACGUCGCGCGAGCAUCAGCACUACGACUACGACAGUAUGCACACUUACGCGUACAGUGGCUCCCAUCCCAUCCACCGCGCGGCCGACACGUCGCCCGACGACCACGCUGCACGCGCCGCCGCGGAUGACUUUGGGCUCGACGCCAUCAUCACGAGCCCGUCGUCGCGCGAGCCGUCGCACGCGCUUCUGCCCACUCCGUCGACCGCGCCGCACGGCCACACGCAUGCGCAGUCCGUGUCUCACUACACGGACGCCAUGGAGUCACAUGAUCCCAUGCAGCCGCCUGGGUACAGCUCCGCAUAUGGGCAUUCCUACAUGUCAGACUACAAGCCUUGA